AUGUUUGUAAAUUAUAAUAAUAAAAAUGGAUCCAUUAUUCAUUCAGAAAAUAAAGUCGAGUCAAGAGACAUAAGAUGUAUGCAUAGUAAUAAUUCUGGGACAUUUCAAAGUAAUUUAAUGCGGGAUUGCAAUUUAGAAUCAAUAUAUAAUGAAUGCAAUUCACAACAUAUUUUAUAUCAAGCAGAAAAGCUACUUUUGGAAAUUUAUGAUAUAAAUGAUAGUAUAGAUAUGCUUAUUUGUAAGCUAAUCAAGCUAUUAAUUGAAACGCAGGAUGAAGGAAAUAAUUUCAUUGAAACUGAGCAUUUUAUUAAUCAUUGUAUAUUUCUUUCAAAUCGAACAUCAAAUGAGAUUUAUGAAUGGCUUAACGAGAAUCAUAUGGAACCAAAAUAUAAAUUUUUCUUGGGAUUUUUGUAUUAUAAUAAUAUCAAUCUUGAGAAAAAUUACAAUGAAUCAUAUAAAUUAUUUUUAGAUGCUUCCAUAGAAAAUUAUCCUAUUGCGCAACAAUUUCAUAAAAAAGAAUUUAUAAAUGGAAAAUAUAAACUUGGAAUUUGCUAUUAUUUUGGAAUUGGAACAGAUAUUAAUAAAAAUCAAGCAUUUAAAAUAUGUAAAAAUUUGGCUGAAAAAGGAUAUAAAAAAGCACAAUCUUCUUUAGGUUAUUUAUAUAAUCAAG